AUUAAGAAUAAUUGAGUUCUUCUUUCAUUUGCGUAGAAAAAUUCGACGCCCUGUAACACUCGCCAUAAAUUGAGAGGCCGAUCGAUCUUGAAGUCGUAGCUAUCCAAAUUCCAAACCAAGUCCACGCCUUCUGUUACGAUCCUCUCUCUGUUCAUCGGAUGCGAUCUUUUUAUCCACCAAGCGGAAGCAACCCUAGAUCGGCUUCUGUAAUGGCUUUCCGGGAAGCCGUUUGACUAAAUGCCCCAGUGAGUUCUUCUUCCUCAAGUAUGCAUAGCCUCUUCUUCUUCUUCUUCUUCUUCGGGUUCUUGGGCUUGGAAGCGGCUGUCGAGGACUGCAAUCGAUCCUGUGGCAGCUACACGGCACCUUACCCCUUCGGCUUCUCCGGCGGAUGCUCGAUCGCCUUGAACUGCUCCAAUCCCGCAAGAUCCACCUACUACGUCGGCGAUUUUGCGGUGCGCAACCUCACCCAAGACGCCAUCGUGGUCGACGUACAGCCUUCCUGCAACCGCUCCGUGCACACCGCCUCGAUCUUCUUCCGCCAAAACUUCGCUUUGAGCAACCGGACCGGUGUCCUGCUUCGCAAUUGCACGCGGCGGCACUCGGGGGGAAACUGCAGCGCCGAAUCCGUGCUCGUCGACGAUCAGUGCGGCACGAACUACGAGAACACCACCUGUUUCCUCAACGCCACCGCCAUGAAGGAUCUCGACUCCUCCGGCUGCGAGGUCUUCUACACCUCCGGUGUCGCAUACAAGGAGUCGGUGCUGUCUGUGGAUCUCAACACGGCUGAACUGGAGUGGUGGCUGCCGCAGCCGUGCUACUGCGACGCUAAUUCCGAGCUGGUAUGGGUUAAUGGGACUAGCCAGUCGGGCUGCCGAUGCAAGUGCCGAUCCGGGUUUCAUGGGGACGGGUUCGUCAACGGUACCGGUUGUCGACGAGGGAGCAGUGAUGGCUUAAUCGGCAAAUUUGGUUCUCUUAUUGGAGGCAUCAUCGCUGGAGCAUCCACAAUGGCGGCGCUCGUCCUGGUCUACUGCUGGCUCCGGCGGCGAACCUCCCUGACGCGGAAGCGCGAGAGCAUCCGGCGCCUGCUGUCGGAGGCCUCCUCCACCGUCCCGCUCUAUUCUUACAAGGACAUCGAGAAAGCCACCGACGGCUUCUCACCUGAGCGCAUCCUUGGUACCGGCGCAUACGGAACCGUCUACGGCGGCGAACUCGGCAGCUCCGGUCGCCAGGUGGCUGUCAAGCUCAUCAAGAACCGCGACAGCUUGGAGCAGGUCAUGAACGAGAUCAAGGUGGUGUCGUCGGUUAGCCACCCCAAUCUGGUCCGCCUCCUGGGAUGCUGCAUGGAGCAGAGCAGCAAGGGGCUCAAUAUCCUGGUGUACGAGUGCAUGCCCAACGGCACGUUGGCCCAGCACCUGCAGCGCCAGCGCGGUCCCGCACUCCCAUGGACCGUCCGCCUCUCCAUUGCUGUCGACACCGCCAAGGCGAUAGCCUACCUCCACUCUUCCGUUCGGCCCCCCAUCUUCCACCGCGACAUCAAGUCCAGCAACAUCCUCCUCGACCACAACUACCACUCCAAGGUCGCCGACUUCGGACUCUCCCGCAUGGGCCUCGCCGACUCCGUCGCAUCCCAGUCCCACAUCUCCACGGCGCCGCAGGGCACGCCGGGGUACGUCGACCCGCAGUACCACCAGAACUUCCAGCUCUCCGACAAGAGCGACGUCUACAGCUUUGGCGUCGUGCUGAUGGAGAUCGUCACCGGGAUGAAGGCCGUCGACUUCGGGCGGCAGCAGAGCGAGGUCAACCUCGCCGCACUCGCCGUUGACUGCAUCGGCCGCGGGCGCGUCGACGAGAUUGUGGACCCCUUCUUGGAGCCGCACCGCGACGCCUGGACGCUGACCUCGGUGCACAAGGUGGCGGAGCUGGCGUUCCGGUGCCUGGCCUUCCACCGGGACAUGCGGCCGUCGAUGACGGAGGUGGCGGACGAUCUGGAGCAGAUCAAGCUCAGCGGGUGGGCCCCGGCAGAGGACGGCGCGUUAUUGUCGACGGGCUCCUCGUUCUCGUCGUUCUGCUCCUCUUCGGCAAGCAGCGUGGCGGAACGGCCUCCUCGGGCGGCGUCCAAGAUCCAGAGGUUGGCUCUGGCGAGGUGCAUGAUCGAGGAAGUGAACGUGGAGUCGCCGGUGUCGGUGCAGGAUCCGUGGUUGAGCGAACAGAGCUCGCCGUCGGCCACUAGCUUGUUGGGGAAUGUAAUAAAUUAAAUUGAUAUGGCAUUUUUUUUUUCCUUUUAUUGUCUUUUUGUUUUAUAGGUAAUAAUUGUACUUGCGAAAAACACAUAUACUUCCACCUUAAUGUUAAAUACAAAAUUAAGAAUAUUUCAGAAAUAA